AUGCCGCGCACAUGGACGAAGAUGUCCCCUGAGGAGGUUCGCCUGGCGAAGCAGUGGUACUCUGAAGGCUCCAAGCCGUCCGAGAUCGCCUUUCGUCUUGGCCGCGACAAGUCGGUCCUGACGAGGCUCCUCGUGAAACAAGUACCGCGCAAGAAGCAGGGUCGCUCCAAUGCGCUCACUGCUGCGCAGGUGGAUCUCCUUGUGCGGCGUCUCGAUGAACUCGUCGUGAAGGCAGAUGCACAGUACGCGGUGACCGUGACAAUGCUCCGCAAGGCAGCCAAGGUCAAAGCCAGCGUCAAGACCAUCCAGCGUGCCAUCCACGCUCGGAACAUCUAUUUCAGGAAACUCCGUGAGAAACCUGUCCUCACACCGGACGAUGUCAAGGCCCGGCUGAAGUUCGCCAAAAAAUACAAGGGCAAGUCCUCGCAGUGGUGGAACAAGAAUGUUCAUGCUUUCCUUGACGGGAAGCAUUUCAAGACAUACUUGACUUCCGCCACGCGAAGGUUGGCAGCGCAGCACCGCACCUUCGGCGCAUAUCGAGCUCCUGGGCAAGGACUCAGCGGUGGCUACGUCAAGCCCAAGAAGGGCAUGCCUAGCAGCACCGGAUCCAAGAACUCCUUGGUCAUGGGCGCUGUGGGAAGCGGCAAGGUGCUGCUUUGGUACGAGGUCCCGGAGGGACGGUGGAGUGGGCAAGCUGCUGCUGACAUGUACAGCGGGCCCUUGAAGACUGCCCUGACUAAGUCCUGGCCCACCAAGCGCAAGCAUGUGGUGCUUGAGGACAAUGAUCCAACAGGUUUCCAGUCUAGCAAGGGCAAGGCGGCGAAGCUGGUGAACGGCAUCGAGAGCUUCGCCAUACCAAAGAGGUCCCCGGACUUGAACCCGAUGGACUACUGCAUCUGGUCGGAAAUCAACCGCCGCAUGCGGCGCCAAGAAGUCAAGUGGGCGAACGCCAAGCGCGAGUCUCGAGCUCAGUACUUGAAGCGUCUUCGUCGCACGGCCAAGAAUUUGUCCAGGGAUUUCGUCACCUCGGCAAUUGGCGACAUGAAGCGCCGCUGUCAGAGGCUUUUCGAAGCCAAGGGCCGCUUCUUUGAAGAGGGCUCGUGA